AUGGAAAACUUCAAUCGCUUAUACAAGGAGUUACAAAACCUCCGUCUUUACAACGCCGGAGAAACUAGCCAGCAACAACAACCACCGUUAAUCUCUCCCGCUAUGCCUCAUGCUUCCGGCAACACAACGUCAAAACCUCACGAAGAAAGAGAAACCAGUUUACCAAUACCUCCGGCGACCCAUUCACUCCAAGCGAUUCAAAAUCACCACCGUCAACGACUCCGCACGCGCCUUCACGCGCUACUAACCACCGUAGAAGGAGAAGGUCCCGCGGAGUUUAAGGACAUGAUCGCGAGGAACGACGGAAGAGAGCUACGUAAGUUUGCAUGCAUGCUGACGUCAAACUCCGAUCACUUCUUCGAGAUAGUCAACGACAGAGAAGGCUCGAGACGCGUGAGGACACUCCUCGGGAAAUCGCAAGAGACCGACGAAAUCUUGUUGAACGCUAUCGUGCGAAGAUUCAUCGACGUCAUGACCGGAGAACACAGUUACUUCGUUGCGUUACGAGCCAUUAACGUUUUCAACGACGCGAGAAGCUCGGUUUUGGUCAACCUCACGCUCCAUGACGCGUUUUACUUGGCGAGUGACAAAACCGGAUGCAUCGCACUAAACCAGGUCAUAACCGGAUCAAAAGAUUUCACCAGGUACGAAUUCCUAAACGCAAUCGCAAAGAACGCUGAUUUGCUGAGCAUGGACGAUUCAGGGACCUUUGUUGUGCAACAUGCGCUUAAGUUCCAAGACUUGCAAUGCACAAACGAUAUAGCGUUGCGUCUUUGUGGUUACUACGUGGAGCUUGCCUCUCAGAGACGUGGAAGCUACAUCGUGGAGCAGAUUCUUGAGUCGAGGUCGGUGAUGGGUUUGGAUUUAGUGGUGAGUGAGCUUGUGGAAAGCGGUGGGGCUACGUUGUUGAGGCUGGCUCGGAAUGAGUUUGGGAAUUACGUCGUGCAAAAGGCUUUGAGAGUCACGUGGAGCGAGCGUAGGGCUGAUUUGUAUUGGGGUCUCGUUGAGAAGCUGUUGCCUUUUCUUGAUAUGUUGCGUCGGUCUCACGGAAGAAACAUUGCCGAGUUUAUCCAGUCCAAACUUGUAUGA